CAUGACGUCCUCCCAUUCUCACCAUGCAUGUGCGGCUCCGAGAGCGCACAGCGAUCGGCGGUACGCUGUGUCCCUCGGACACAGCAGAUCACCAAUUCACGGAAAAAGCCGAAGACGUCGGCUCGGUCAUGUGAUCAGCUGUGUCCAAUCACAGCUGAUCACAUAGCACUGAUGAUCAGUGUGCCCUGAUGAUCUGUGUAGCCCCAGCAGUGCCACCUGUCAGUGUCCAUCAAUGCCAGCUCUCAGUGCUCAUCCAUGCCACCUGCCUGUGUCCAUCAGUGCCUACCAGUGCACAUCAAUGCCACAUAUCAGUGCCCAUCUGAGCUGCCUUUCAGUGUCACCCAUCAGUGCUGCCAAUCAGUGUGCAUCAGUGCUGCCUAUCAGUGCCCGUCAGUGCUGCCUUUCAGUGCCCAUCAGUGCUGCCUGUCAAUGCUCAUCAGUG